UCGAGUACGUGGACGGAUUGCCCAUAGCAUACGCGCGCGUUCUUCGUCUUACGAACCGAGAAACCAACUCGAAUCGAAUCGACUUGAAUUCAAUUGAAUUGCAGCUGACGUUGUUGUCAUUUUGGUCUGGCCAACACUAAGCAGCAGCAACCACAAUUGGCAGUAAUCAGCGCGCGUGUGAAAACUAAAAUAGAAAGAAAUAAAAUUUCAAUCUGAGUUAUGCACAGAGAUCCACGCGACACCUAUGUGAAACUCCUUUGCAUAAUGUUCAAUGAUUGUAACUUAUCAGCAGAAUUGUGAGAAAUAAGUGUAAAUCAGUGUAAAGGAAAUGAAAUUGCAAACAAGAGAAGUUCAGAAGAAAAGCCAAAAGAAAUAAGAAUAUAUCAAACAAACCAUAAAAAUCAACUAAAUGCCAAAGCGACACAGCAACAGAACUAAAAUCUGACAACGAGAACAGCAGCAGCAACAACUGACAAACGAAUAAGCGAACCGAAAGGACCCAACAAAUACACUCGCCCCUACUCCUGCUAGUCCUGCUUCUCCUUGAAUGUGCGUGAGUGAGGCAAAGGCAAAGGCAAAAACUCAAAGACCAAAGACAAAAACCAAUAAAUAGAAACCGAACAACAACAACAACCUUGGCAACAUUACGUACGACGAGCUGGCAACACUUACAACACUGGCAACAUGUUGCUGAGGCGCUUACAACACAGCGGCAGCAACAGCAACAGCCCAGCCAGAGCGCCCUCGCCCCCAAACCCAAAGCUAAUCGGAUUGACAAGGCGACCUACAACAACAACAACAGCAACAACAACAUUUGGCACAUGGCUCUGGCCACUGCUCUGCCUGACAGUUGUUGCUCAUGUCAGCGCCGAAAUAGAUCGCACCAUCAGCGAACAUGAGAACAAAAAUGUGGUCCUCCCCUGUCCGGUGAAUGAACAGAAAUGCGGGAAGCUGCACUCGCUCAACUGGUUCAAAGGCGACGAUCGCAUUGCGGCAAUGCUGCUUGGCGAUAGUAAUGUGACAAGUGUGAAUGAUGAGUUUAAGAAUAGAGUGACUGUUGAGCAAAAUCCAUACAGAUUAGUUAUUAAGGACUUGAGAAUAUCUGACGAGGAUAUAUAUCUAUGUGAUACAACAUUUUUUAUACCAGAAGAAACGUGUGAUAACUUCAAUGGCUAUCGUGUCGAAUUGAGAGUCUUAGAAAACCUUGUGCCACCCACUGAGGUCGUGAUUUUGGACGCAAAGGGUGACCGCAUCGAGAAUGGCAGCAUCGUGGGACCCAUGCAGGAGCGCCAGAGCUUGAAGGCAACCUGUACGGUGAAGAACACACGACCCCAGCCAGAUGUGGGCUGGUGGCGUGGCAGCAAGCGGCUGGCCACAUACUCGCCUACUCAUGACUUGCACGAUGGCCUCUACACGUCCACGCUCGAGCUGGAAUGGGCUUUGUCUCGCGACGAUCUGGCCCAGGAUAUUGAAUGUCGCGUCGAAUCGGCAGCUAUUAAGAAUGCAAUUGUUACCAAAUUCGGCGUCGAUUUGCAAGUUCGGCCGACGAGCAUCGACAUCAAUGGAGUGGAGCACCACACGGUGCAGGGCAGCAAAGUGGUGCUAACAUGUGACAUACACGGCGCACGACCCGCGGUUAACCUGACCUGGUAUAAUACAACUUCGGUCAUCAGUGGCGAGGAGAACGAACUUACUGAAAUACGCACCAAGGCUUUCGAGAAGGAGGAUGGCACCUAUCACACGCAGUCCGAGUUGAUCUUUAAUGCCACACGCUUCGAAAAUGAUCGCGUCUUCCGCUGCGAGGCUGAAAAUAUUGUGCUGCAAAUCAAUCGCGAGAAGCCCAUGUCCUCGGCUCUUACUUUGGAAGUUAUGUAUCCGCCCGUUGUCAAGGUCAGUCCUCCGGAAAUGGUCACAAAUACCAGCGAAAUUGUGCUGCUCAAUUGUGAAUAUGUGGCAAAUCCAGCCUCUCUCACGCAGGUCGUUUGGUAUCGCAACGGCGACAUUGUUAAUGUCAACGAUACGGAUCGCUAUCAGGGCGGCAACUCCGAGAAUGUUGCCUUAGUCAUCAGAUCAACAGAUAAAGAGGAUAUAGGCAACUACACCUGUCAGCUGUCCAAUUCCAUCGGCAAAGGCAUGUCCGAGCAGCAAAUCGAUCUCGAUGUGCAGUAUGUGCCCAUUGUUGAGGUGCAAAUGAUACCCGAGGGACCCGUCAAGGAGAGCGAUGAAUCCAAUGUCACUUUGUUCUGCAACAUAUUGGACGCCAAUCCAUCUGUGUUAACCAAAGUGCGUUGGUAUGCCAACUCCACAUUGCUCAAGGAGCUGCCAGACUGCGAGGAAACUAGAGAGGAUUUAUGUCAUAUUGAUCCCAGCAAAUUGCUGCUGGAGAGCAUUGGUCGUGGCUUCUUUUACAACUAUUCCUGCGAGGGCUACAAUGCCGCUGGCUGGGGACCGCGCAGCGAGGACAAGGAACUAAUGGUGCACUAUGAGCCGGGACCAGCUACUUUGACGCACUUUCCCCCAAUUGCCAUCAAGAAGAAGAGCGUCAUUUUCUAUUGUUCCGUGGAUGAUCCGGGCUACCCCGAAUCGAAUAGAUACCGUUGGCUGCGUGGCGGCCGUGGACCGCUGCAGGAUAUUGUCACCAAGGAGUGGACCGUUGAGCCCGUCGGCCUGGACAGCCGCACCAACUACUCCUGCUAUGCGUACAAUGAGGGCGGCAAGGGCGUAAUGGCCACCGUCAAUUUGGAGGUACAUGCGCCGCCAUUUUUCAUCAAGAAUAUGCAGCCAUACACGGGCGUCCUUCACUCCGUGUCCAACUUCAAUCUGACCUGCCGCAUCGAGUGUGUGCCCCGCUGCGAGAUCGCCUGGCAAAAGGAUGGCGUACCAAUUGACAAGAAUGAUACCCGCUACUUUGUCAAAGAGAAGUAUAUGGACGCCUCGCCGGCAACAGGCGAUUUCGAGAGCAUGCUCUCAGUUCUGCACUUCAAUAUGUCAAAUUUUCCGAAUAAAAAAUUCGAUAUCGAAUCGGAUAACGCGAAAUACAUGUGCAUCUCGACAUCGAACGCGGUGGGCCCGACGGUGAACAGCACCACCUACUUGAGCAUUGAAUACGCACCGAAUGACAUCAGCGUCUCGGAGAACAUUGUCUAUGUGCAGGAGCAUCACAUACCGGGGCGUGUCAUAUGCAAAUCGCAAGCUAAUCCAGAACCUUCCUAUGAGUGGCUCUAUCCGAAUAAGACGGUCACAAUGGGCAACACGCUGAUUAUCAACGAUCCCAUCAAGCGCAACGAUACGGGCAUCUACAGGUGCAGAGCACGCAACAAGCACGGAGAUCGCAUUGCCGAAACAGUCAUCGAUGUUCAAUUCACCCCACGAUGUGAAAUCGAGAGGCGAGAAAUCGAUGAUCAGGAUACGCUAAUUUGCACAGCAUACGGAAAUCCUGAAGAGGCCGAUUUUUCAUGGUCAAUUAAAGCUGAGAAUGAAACAGUCGAGACUUUGGGCGCAGGCGACAAGAAGACCUUUGUGGACAAGAGUUUUUACAUACUGCAGGAGGAUUAUGCCAUCGCCCGGACCUAUCGAUGUGUGGCUAACAAUUCCGUUGGAGCUGGCGCAUUCUGUGAGAUUGAAGUGGCUGCUGGUUCAGCACUUUAUAUUUGGUGGCAAGAACAAUUGGCCUGGUGGCAGAGAUGGGAUAAAACGACGCUCAUUAUACUGGUCGCUGGCAUAUUGCUACUGUUGCUGGCCGUCAUCAUCAUUUGUUGCAUCAUUAUUUGCAUAUGCCGUCGCCGUCGGCGUCAGGAUAAAUUACACGACAAGUCGUCUUCACUGGGGGAUCCAUUGACGGAACCUGGCGAGUAUGAGAAUCUACCGUUUCAUGGUCUGCAAACGGCACCUAACAAGUUCUCUACUACCCCUACAAAUUUUAAUAACAACACAAAUGUGGUGCGCGUCGCUCCACGACCCAAGAGACUAAAUGGAAAUAUUGGUCAAGCGAUGCACAGCCAGCAGCUGCUGCAUCACCAGACUCUACAGCAUCCGCAUCCUCAACAGCAGCAGUCACAUUACUACGACCAGCAGCUACAACAGCAGCAGCAGCAGCAACAUCAGCAGCAGCAACAACAUCCGCAGUACAACACUUUGCAGUACGGGCGUGGCUGCACAGCCCCGCCCCCUCUUACAGCUCCACAUAAUCGCAGCAUGGAUCAGCUCGAGUCUAGCUCCGAUCAAAUACAAUAUAAUCUAAGCAAUUGCUUUCCCAAAAGCUACACCGAAUACUACCAGCAACAUCAUCAGCAUCAACAGCACUCGCAGCAGCAGCAGCAGCAGCAGCAACCCGCGCAGCAACAGCAACAACAGUCGCAAAAGUUUCACACAAACUCCGCAUCGAAUGCGCAAUUAUUGAAUGCCAUCGAGCAUGACUAUCAGCCCACAUAUGCAGUGGUUGAGCGUGUGCCCCCGCCGCCACCGGCGCCUAGCUCGGCGCUGCUCAACACGAAUCCCUUCCUGGCCGCGAGCAACUUUAAGAAGUACGAUGCGGCCGGCGACGAGCUGCUGGGCAGCAUGCAGCGCAGCAAGCGUGGCAAGGUGGGCAGCUUGCUGGAUCGCAUAGAUGUGGACAAGAAAUUCUACUCACUGAAGUUUCCCAACGGCGGCAACAAGUUGAAGAAGCCCGCAUACAAUUUGAAUACCUCGCUGGGCAUGGCAACAACGUCAGCGGCAACAGCGCCCAAAUGCAAGCGGCAUCAUUCCUUUGCUGGUGGUAGCCAUGGCGAUAUUGAAUCCAACGGCAAGCCCAUGCGCCUCUAUGAUCCGCCCGUCUAUGAGAAUGUGGCGGAUAAGUGCGGCAACGAACUAGAUCUGGAUAUGGGCGGUGACGGCAGCAGCAUGGCCCACACACUCAACAUGAAUCAUAAUCUUAAGCACAAUCUCAAUUUGGCCACUGUGCAGCUGCAUACGCAGCCGGCUGCUGUCGUCUCGGCGAGCCACAAGAAAAAACAUCACCAUCGCCAGCACCAGCAAAAGGCUGAUGCGUCGGGCGCCGGUGCUGAUUUCCAGCUGAUGGAGCCCGAACGCCUCAGCAUCUAUCGCAGCGAUUCGGGCAUAUCGAAUAGCUCCUAUGAGUCGCAGCUCCCAGCGCUGGGCCAGCGCACACCCAAGCCACAUAAAGCGUCCGCAGCGGGUAUCAAUCUCACACGCAAGCCACUCUACAUGAAUGUGGAGGGCCAGCAGCAGCAACAGCAGCAGCAGCAUCAAUUGGCACGUGCCGGCUCGCCAGCGCAUAUUAAUUCGUCCUAUGAAUCGGCCUCGUCGGCGCCCGUCACAGAUCCCACCUCGCUCAGCUCAUCCAAUUCGCUUUAUAGCAGCGGCAUCGGCACCGUCAGCUCACGCUGCAAUCGCCAUCCACAGCAGCAGCAACAGCAACAGCAGCAGCAGCAGCAGCAGCAUCAUCAAAGGCAGCCAACGCCGGAAAUCACAACACCCGAGGAUUACGAACAAUAUCAGUUGGGCCAUCAGCCAGCACAUUCCGCCUCCAUGCUGUCUGUUGCCAGCAGCCUGAGUGCCGCCAGUCGUGGCAAGUGCAAGCCCUCCAGCUCGCCAGCAGCAGCAGCAGCAGCAUCAACAGCAGCAGCGGCAGCAACAAUGCAACAGCUGCCACAUCGCGUAGGUCCACAUGAGCAAACGCAAUUGUUGGCCACUAAUCCAUUUUUAGCACUUAAACGGCAAUGCAACAACAACAGCGGCAGCGGCAACAGCAGCGCCUGCAGUAAGAAAUUACGACGACAGACCAUCAGUGACCCCUACGCACAUAUCAAACGGCAUUAUGCCGAUGCCGAUGCCGAUGUCGAUGCCGCUGCCUCUAUUACCAGCAGCAGCAGCAACAACAACCACAGCGCUGAAGCCUUUGCAGCCGACAGUCAUUGCGCGACAGCAACAUCGUUCACAGCAGCAGCACAGGUCGAACAACAAAUUAACAACGGCAACAACAACAGCGGCAGCAAUGGGUCUGGGCCUGGGCAGUGGUGUGGGCGUGGCAGUCAUCAACAACAAAUGCUAAUGCCAAACGAAUUGCUGCUGCAGGCAAGUCAAUUAACUGCCGCCGACUGCAAUCACAAUUUAAGAUAUGUGCCGCCCCUGCCAACUGCCACGCCCCAAACACAACCAGUCGCCGGCGCCUACGAUUGUCUAGUGGUGCGUCGCCCGAUGCGCUUGCCACUGCGCAAACAUCACACCUUCCACUUUCAGACAACGGAAACGGCCAACGGCAAGCUGCAGCAGCUGCGUCGCCAACUGCAGCAGCAGCAGCUGGAGCGAGCGCAAGGGCCGCUCAUCUAUCGUCCAUUGGCGCUGAGCGAACGACAUGCCUUUAAGCCAAUUUCACCAACACCUGCGACAACAACAGCGGAGUAUGAAAAAUGCCACGACAACACGACACAGCGGCAACCGGUGCAACAAUCGCAGCGACAGCAGCAGCAGCCGGCGAUGGGUCAACUAAAUCCCGCCGCCUCAUUAGAGGCAUUAGAGGUAUUAACUAAAACGCAUCCGGACUUUAUGUUUGCGCGAACCAAGCCGCAAAGCGAGCCAAUUGUUGCCACAGCACCUGCAGCAGCAGCCGAUGUUGCUGAAGAGGAAGACGAGGAUUUGGGCUACUCUUUCUGUGAAGAGGAGUACAUGGUGGAUGAUGAGGAGAAUGUGGAUGAAGACGAUGCUGCUGCGGAGGCGUCACAUAAUCUUACAGCGCCGCCCACGACGCCCGCCCACAGUGCAGCUGUGGCAAAUGCAACAGCCGGUGCCCUGAAAUACUUUAUGACUCAAAGCUAUCGCGAGGUGCACAUUUGAUAAGGGAAAACCUAGCAAAAGAAUAGAAAAAAAAACCAAGCAAACGAAACCAAGACAGUUAGACAGGCCUAAAUGACGCAUACAAGGUAUUUAGUAAUUAAAUAAAGCUAAAGGAAUAAAAACAUAUUUA